AUGAACACAUCCGUGAGUACCGACAAUUGUAUACAUAUAAAAUAUUUUAUAUCGUCUUUAAAAGCCUUUGCGUCUGCAACAAAAGUCCUCCGUGUCACUAUUUCUCCAGAGUCCAUCCAUCAUUAAGCUUAUAUUUCCUAAGUCUUGAGAACUUAGUCUUUUUACCGUUUCUUUAAGUUAACUUCUUGGUCUCUUGCUUUUAUAUUUUAUCUCAUUUCUGUAUCACAUCUUUGCAUAAUCACUAUACUUUAUUCUGCAACUCCAAGUAUUUAGGAUUUUAUUGACAGGGGUAUGUAAAUUAAUUGUUUAGUGAAUAAUAGAAAAUAUUAAAAUUGUAUUCUUAUUUAUUUGUAAUUUACUAAACAAAGUAUAACUUUCUUUUGUGAUUUUAAAUCUUCGAUAACUUCAUCCAAAAUAAUUUGUCAUUUCCGAUGACAUGAUAACAAAGGCAAUUUAUUUAGUCUAAACUACACUGAAAAAUAUGAAAAUAUUUAAUCUUAUAAACAGUUAUAAUGUGUACAUUGUACUUAAUAUAAUCACUGUGGUUUCAGUAAAAUGAGAAAAAAAUGUUACUUCUUCCUAAGUUAGUUAUUUUUAAGGACCAAUGUAUCUAAUAAUGAUAGAUUUCUUCUUCGUAUAUAUUUCACACAAGUUAUGUCAGCUAUAUUCUUAAUCUCGCCCUCCUGUAAAUGAUACAUCUCCCUAUACAUCACUAUCAUCUUCGUCUACUCAAACCUCUAGCAACUUUUUCUUUGGCCUAUCUCUUCCCCAAUUUCCAACUACACACUUACGUAUCUUUUCGACUACCUAUCCAUCCGUUAACAUUCCAUUACCCAUAUAUAACUGUCACAAUCAAUAUUUCAAUAUUCAAAACUCUCGUCUAAUAUUUAACUACUAUUUUUUUUUAUCGUUUCAGGUGGCAAUUAUGUUGACCAUUCUGUCUGUGGCGGCUGCAUCGCCCACCUUCUUUUCGCAUGAACCAAAACAGUAAGUACUUAUGUAAAUUAUAAAAUGUAUGAUGUAUUAUUAUAUUUUAAUAGCUGAUACUGUGUGUGUCAAUUUUAUAUGGUUUAAGAUUCCAGUAGAAUUCAAAUAAUUCAUUGAACAAAUUUAAACAAACUUUACAUUUUCAAAAAAAGCAGGCAACAUUUUUUUAUAUUUAUUUUAUUUUGAAUUCGAAGUUGUUUUUCAGUUUUUCAUAAUACUGGCGUAAUCAGUACUUUUGGGGGGGGGGGGCGGGUGAUAUGAAUAUUUGUUAAAAAUCAAGACGAAAUCAUAAAUAAUAUAUAUACUACUCACAAAAUCAUACUAAAACUCUAUUAAUUACCGAACCAUGAAUUCUCUUAACGGACUCCUCUAAAUAGAAUUUUUUUUUAGGAACGGAGAUAUUUUCACCGUUUACCUAUAUGAAAGCCCCUAAAUAUAAAUACGGGACACUAAAUAACGGACACUCUCUUCCUCUGAAUAGCCGAUACUUCAAAAUAGCGGACAAAAUUUCAAUGGUCGAGAGUAUCCAGUAUUUAGAGGUUUCACAGUAUUGAUAUUUAAUAUCUUUCAUUUUGUAUUUUUUUUUAACCAGUUACUACAAAAAUGAGAAAAAUAUAUCGGUUCUAAACUUUUUUGGGGGGUGAUGUAUCACUUACAUCAGCCCCCUUGAGUACGCCACUGGUACCUACGUUAAUAUAAUAUUAUCAAAUAUUAUCAAAUAUUAGCAAUUUUUUUUAUAAAACAGGAACAUGAUUUUAGUAUUUAGAAUUUAGUGGACUUAAAAUGUACACAAAACUGAGGAAUUCCAUAUAUUACUUCCGAGCGUUACGCUUCAUAGGAGGAAACCCGACCAUUCUUAUGUAUUCGUCUGCCAUGCAUAAAAUUCAGCUACCUCCAACACGUUAAAUGUAUUACGGAUGAUUCUUCUUUUUCUUUUUUUUUUACUCUAUAUUUUAUUUUACUAAAACAUUUUUGUAAAAAAAUAAUCAUUUAACUUCAAACUUGUAGUUUUUUAUAUCGCAAAUGAUUAAUUUGAUAUUGUUUAUUAUCAUUUUUUAGCGAACAUCACAUUAUCCACGUACCAUAUCACGUACACACCGUACCAGUAUACGUCAAAGAACCCGUGUACAUCAAGAAACCCGUAUACAUUUACAAAGAGAUCGAUCACUACCAUCACGACGACUACCACCACGGUCACGAUGCUCACUAUGACCACUACGAUCACGAUGAUCAUCAUUACGAAAGUCAUUAUUGA